AUGUCAAACUUGGCUUACAAAUGUUUGAUGGAAAUAAACAAGUUGAUUGGGUCAAAUUUCACGGACUGUUUCCAUUGUUUGCGCUUGGUGCUAAGACAUGACAAGGUUGAGUAUGUCUUAGACAAACCAAUCGAUGUCAUCCCCGAUAAGGAAUCUCUUGAGUUUGCUACGUUUGACGUUAAAGCUCAUCAGAAACACAUUGAUAAUGCUUCUGAUGCUCAGUGUGUCAUGUUGUCAUCUAUGAGUUUGGAACUGCAAGGACAACAUGAACACAUGUUACCAUAUGAAAUGCUUAAGCACUUGGAGAGUUUUUAUGCUUCACAAGCUCAAACUAUGGAGUAUGAGAUACUUCGCGAUCUCUUCAAGUGCAAGCUUCAUGAUGCAAGCAAGGUUUCUGAGCAUGUACUGAAAAUGAUUGGUUUGAUUGAGAGGUUAGCAUCGAUUGGAACGGUGCUCCUCGCAAAUGUCUCAACAAAUCUAAUUUUGCCGUCUCUUCCUACUAGUUUUGAGAAUUUCAUUGUGAAUUUCAACAUGAACAACACGAAGAUUGGGCGGCCAGAGCUGCACAAUAGGCUUAAGACUUAUGAGUCUUCCACUGCUAAGGUAAAAUCUGAGCUCAUGGGUCUAAGUGACUGCAGGAAAAUGAGAUCUGGGGAAGUUGAUUUGCGUGUUGGAAAUGGAGCAAGAGUUGCUGCUGAACGCGUGGGAACUUAUUAG